AUGAACCUCACCGCGAGGACGUCUUUCAAGAAGCAGCCGGGAUUGCUUAAAAUUGACGCGUCCCACAUCAUCUGGACCCAGGAUGGCAAGAGUACACCAUCAGUUAGCCACCCGAAAGCGAACACUGCCUCACUAUUCUCUAGCAAGGCCGACGCGGCGCAGGUCAAACUUAAGAUAGUGAUCAAGGAUGUCAAGGACCCGUACAUGUUCACUUUUCUCGCACCCCGAGCGCAGGCCGAGCAGGAGUGCGAGGCGCUCAAGAACGAGCUCACCAACGUCCUCGCUCAGAACCGCCAUGCCGCACCCGCCCCUCCCGCGGCGCCUGCACCCGUUGCCGGCUCAGGGCCUUUUGCCGCACCGGGAGUUCCCGUGACAGCGGCGUCAUCUGCAAUCCCUGCUUCGACAGGAGCGGGUCCUCUUCGGACACCCGCCGCGACGCCUGGGCCAGUCCGACCUUCCAUAUCUCGCGCGGUCUCAACGUCGAGUGAGGCGCGAGGCACUCCUGGACCUUCGAGCGGAGAUCCUGCUAUCAGCGACUUUCGUCUCCGCAAGAAGGUCAUGGUGAAACAUCCUGAUCUCGGUGCACUGCACAAGGAGUUGGUCAUGUCUGGCCAGAUUACUGAGGCUGAGUUCUGGGAGGGGCGAGAACACCUUCUUAUCGCACAAGCCGCGGAAGAUGCGCAGAAGAAGGGCAGACCGGGUGCUCUCGUAGAUCCACGGCCGACACUUCAGAACGGCGAAAUGAAGAUAGUCAUCUCGCCCCAACUCAUCAGCGACCUAUUCGAAGAGUUCCCUGUACUCAGGACCGCGUUUGACGAGAACGUGCCCAGUAAGCUGAAGGAAGAUGAAUUCUGGGAACGCUACUUCCAGUCAAAGCUGCACAAUAUGCAUCGCGCUUCUAUUCGUUCUACUGUCGCGCAACAUAUUAAUACGAAAGACGAGAUAUUCGACAAAUAUCUAGAAGAGCCCGAUGACGGUAUUGAACCGCGGAAACCGAUGAAUGAGGACGUCGAAAUGCUUGUCGACCUCACGGCGACUCAUGAAGACCAUGACGAGACUGGAAAUGAGAAAGACGUGACGAUGCAGGCCGGCAAGCAGAAGGGUGCCUUGCCCCUGAUUCGUCGAUUCAAUGAGCACUCAGAGCGCCUGCUCAAGACGGCAAUAGGCGAAGGCAACCCAGCAAAGCGCAGACGCUUAGAUAGAUCAGACUCAAACGAGCUCGAACACUACUACGAGCAGAUCGAUAUCGAUGAUCUGCACAAACCCGCGUCAUCAGCUGGCAUACCUCUCGAGAUGCGGGACUCACAACGAUAUUUUGAAGCUCGGACGGAAGGCGCUGGACCCCAAGGAGCCACACCUCAAGUCGACUUCCAAGUAGCGUUAGGUGCCGCAAGGGAGGACGUACGAGAAUGGGACAAACGAUUAGCGCAACUCGCGGUCGAUCGAAAAGCCGGUGAGGCGGCGCUGCAGACGAUGACGCAGAGCGUCACAGCGCAGACAGACAAUCAACGACAUAAAGACGACAUACCCGAACAACUUUUCACGCAGAUGCGCUCCGUCCAGACAGCAGCGAACGAGUUUCUGCGGCAGUUCUGGUCGGCCAUCUAUCCAUCCACGCGCGAAGUCACCCCACAAACUCCAGCACAGAAGGCACAGAAGGCGGCGCGCAUGGCGGGUUUUCUCGUCAAAACUCCCGAAAAAGUCAAAGCGCUGGUGCGCGAGGCCGCUGCGACAAACGUGGACCAGAAGAAGGUCGAAGCAGCGAUGCGACCCGUGCUGGACGCCGUCGAUCAUGCGCUGGCGUUCUGGAGAAUGCGUAAUGCCAGCGGGAAGGGGCUCUCGUUCAGCACCUCGUUCAUGACCUCCAAGGGGGACCGGAACCAGGCUCAAGCAAUAUAUGCUAUGGGAGGGAAAUCGCUGUGGACGAAAGACCUGGAGGUUGCUCUCUUGGAUGGCCGCGUCGAUAUGCUCGUACACUGUCUGAAAGAUACGCCUACUACGCUUCCUCCAGGCUGCGUUCUGGCCGCGAUCACGGAGCGUGAGGAUCCCGUCGACAGCUUGAUCGUGAAGAAGGACUUGAGAUUCGACGGGAAGGAGGUCAAGAGCCUGUCUGACCUUCCAGACGGUUCGGUGGUGGGCACGGGGAGUGUGCGGCGUGUCGCACAGCUGCGUCCCCACUUUCCGCAUCUGCAAUUCAAAGACGUUCGGGGCCUUCUCGCUACGCGUGUCCGCAAGCUUGAUGAUCCCGAGGGCCCAUACUCUGCUCUUAUCCUCGCGAAGGCCGGCAUGGUCCGACAAGGGCUGGGUGACAGGAUCACGGCUGACCUUCCUGCGCCUACAUUAUACUAUGCUGUAGGACAAGGAGCGCUCUGCUUAGAGAUCCGCGAAGGAGAUGAGGAGACCGCGGCGUUUUGUGAGGCCAUAACACACUGGCCUACACAGUGGGCUUGUCUGGCGGAGCGCGCUUGCUUGCACGAGCUCGAGGGCGGUUGCAGUGUACCCGUUGGCGUCAACACAAAGCUCACGGUCGAGCAGGAUGCACCCGAAGGGCAUCGUGCCAGGAUAGCGAUCACAGGCACUGUGACGUCUCUCGACGGCCAACGUCAUGUGCAGCAAGAUGUAGCCGAUACGAUUGGGAGCGUCGAACAGGCGCAAUUGGUCGGCGUUCGGCUUGCGCGUGCUCUCGUGGACAACGGCGCGGCAACCAUACUGGAAGAAAUCAAUGCGGAUCGCGCUAGACGGGAGGGUGAGACCAAGACGCCAACAGAAGUGGCCAAGAUUGAAGAGGCCCAGAGGCCGACUGCAUGA